AUGUCUGUGCCUCUAAAGAUUCCCGAGGGCAACAUGCCAGCCUCCUGGUAUCACCAGCCUGCUUUCUUCGACUUCGAGAAGCGAGCCGUCUUCUCCAAGCAUUGGUUGAUGACCACCCAUCGUUCCCGUUUGCCAGAGGCUGGGAGUUUCCUCCGCUUCGAGAUGGCCGGUUUCGACUUCUUCCUUAUCAAGGACAGACAGGGCGAGAUCCACGCAUUCCACAAUGUCUGUCGCCACCGUGCCUAUCCCAUUCUCGGGGAUAAAGACGGUCGCGAGGGCAAGAAGAUGAUCCUGAGUUGCGGCUACCAUGGCUGGUCUUACGGUCUCUCUGGCAAGCUGGCUAAGGCUCCCAAGUUUGAUGAGGUCGAGGACUUCCGCAAGGAGGAUUACAGCCUUUUUUCCAUCCACACCCACAUCGACAGACUCGGUCUCAUCUGGGUAAACUUCGACGCCUCGGAGACUCCAAUCCCUUGGACAGAGCUCAAUGGGGGCACUGACGAGCAAGAGCGCUUCAAGGACUUCAAUCUUGAUGAUUACACUUACGAGCGCACUUGGACCACAAAUGGUGCCUACAACUGGAAGCUGGUCGGUGAGAACUAUAACGAGUGCUACCACUGCCAGGCAUCUCAUCCUGGCAUCACAAAGAUCACGAAUCUCGAUCGCUACUCUGUUGAGACCAGGGGCCCCGAUAAGGGACGGAUGGAGCACUUCCCACCCAACAGAGAUGACAUCAAGGCUGAAGAUAUUCAAUUCUUCGGGAAUGGUGCCUUCACGUUCAACUACCCGAACACGUCUCUGAAUCUCUCCACACCGUACUGGUUCCUGAUGCGCGUGGUCCCCAAAACUCCCACCACUGUCACCACCGAGUAUGAGGUGUAUCGCAACAAGAACUCGCCGCGAGAGCACUUUGAUCGCGCCGGAGAGUUCUUCGAGGGCAUCGAGAUCGAGGAUUACCACCUCAUGAAUGGCGUCCAGAAGAACCUUGUCAACAACGUUUUCGUCAACGGUCCGUUGCACUCGACCCGCGAAUCGGGCACGAUGGCAUUCAAGCGCCUCCUGAAGAAAGACCUUGAGAAGCAUUGGGAGGCCGAGAAGAAGGCUCGAGCCGAGAUCUAUCCUGCGAAAAGAAACACUCAGCUUCACCCGAGCAUCAGUGUCGAGGAGAAAUUCUGUGGAGACAUUUGUGCUUGUCGAGCAGCUGCCGAAGCUGCCGCUUAA